AUGAUCGCAGGAGACAAUGACGAGGAUCCUGCGUCCUUGAAGCUAUUGGCGGAUCAAGUCAUGCGGUCUCUCGUGUCCAGCGGAUGUCGCUUGGUGUGUGUGGACUUUGACUCGACGUUCCUUCGGAUCCACACGAAUGGAUCGUGGUCCCGCCCUGCCGCGGAGCUCCUGCCAUAUGUUCGCCCGUUGUUUGUUCGAUUGUUGCCGCUCUUGGCAGCGCACGUGUCGUUGGCUGUCGUGACAUUUUCGCCGCAAGUACCGCUCAUUCGCGAAGUCUUGUCAUUGUGCUUUGACCCCUCCGUGUCUGAAUCGAUCAUCGUUCGCGGCGAUGUCGAAGGAUGGACAUUAUCCCGAGACGACGCCGUGCAGUUCACAGGCAUCGACUCCCAUCAUUUAGUGCUGCACCGACGCACCAAGCUCCCGUACGUUGCGUCUGCGGCCCUCGAAGCAUCGUCGUCGAUGUCAAGUGCCGAUCCCAUCCGAAGCCACCACACAGUGCUCAUCGACGACUGCCAAGACAACGUGUUCCUAGCCGCGCAGUGCGGCAUUGCCGCCAUCCAUUACGACCCCACGCAGUUCCCGCAGCACAUGCAUGCCGUGCUCAAGCGGCGGAAAAAACGGCGCCGCACGUCCGACACCAACCUCACCCUCGUCCUUCCAUCCGCUUCGGCCCUUCGACAGAGCAUCCAGUCGCCCUUGGCAGGCCAGCCCGAGGCCUCUUCCUCCUUUGCCACUGCAGUGCUAAGCCCAGUGCGAUCGGCAGACUCGCAUCCGGCACGACUUCAUUUUUGCACGCCAUCCCCCGUGACCAAACUGCGCGUGACCAACAGUAUCGGCAAGCCCAAGCCCAAGCGGUACACGAGACCCGUCAAGGUAGUCGACGACCCAGUCGUUUCAGAGCAAGUUGUCGCCGACCUCCAGACCUGUCACACUAUAACAACAACUGACGCGCCAUGUGACAACGUUCAGGAUACUGGCGACGACCAUAGUGGCACGACGCAGGACGUAGUCGAGAUUAGGUCUACGGACGUGAUCGAGAGUCGCCCAGAUGAGGACGACGAAGGGAUAACUAAUAUGUCGAUGGGUGAUUCGACGGCUGCUGCGCCAGGUUGCCGCGUUCCCUUCCUUGUCACCGCCGCCACGUCCGAAGAUGACAUGCACCCCGCGCUGCACCUUCAAGUCCGCGAUAGGUCUUGUCCAGGCUGGCAAUCCACCAAGCUUUGUGAAUACCCCCAAGAGGUCGUGCUUAUGGUCAACCACGGCACGCCAGUGCACAUUGCGACAAUGCAAGUGUUGGUGCAUCACACGAAAAUUCCAUCGCGUAUCGACAUCUUUGUGGCCGAGUCGGCCGUGACCAAGCUCAGAAAGCUCGGGUACGUCGCGUUGGACUCGAACGAAUCUUCCAAUUUCAACGCGCGCGAACUCAAGUGCAUCACCAUCGACUGCGCUGUCGCAUAUUUCAAGCUGUCGCUGCACCAAUGCCACCGCAAUCGGUUCAAUGUGUUUGAUCAGGUGGGGCUGGUGGACAUCACCCUCUUGGGUUCCCCUGCUAAAGCUAGCGACACGACUACUUCGUUGCCAUCGUUGAACCCGAUCAUGCACCUGCCCAACAACAACAACCACCCCGCCAGCAACAGCCCUCGGACACAGUGCGACACUGCAUCGCUGGAACUGUAUCACAUACCCCAUCCAUCACGUCCUGGGACUCGACUGAGUUUGCGGCAACUCGUCGAAGCACUGCGCAUCCAACGAGCCACAUGUGUCGACGCGGAAGACUACGCCGCGGCUAAACAUACCAAGGACCUGGAACGAACUGUGCUGCAGUGCCUCGCCCAGCUGGAGCGGCUGCAUCUGCAAAAGAACAGCGUGUUGCAGGUUGAAAACUAUGACGGCGCGUCGCUCGUCAAGGCCGAGAUGGACGUUGUCAUAGCCCAAGUGUGUGCAGUAGCAGCUCAAGCGACGGCCUUGUCGCCACUCGUCCCACAGGAAAGCAAAUCGAGUAGCCCAAAAACACGAAGGGAACACAAGUGUAGGAGCCCACCGAAAGUCGAUUUGAUGAAGGCUACGGCAUUGGCUACUAGCCGACAAGCAAACGACGAUCAGCUUGCAGAGGAGCCAUCCGAGCCAGAACAUCUCGAGCCAAAGCUAGCCGCGGCGUGUGAAGGCGUCGGUGGCAUCCUCACACGUAUCGACGGCCGCACGUUCUGCUGCGCUUAUAGCCGCCAUCGAACGUUGCGCGAGCCAGCAACUGCCGCCAUCGUACACGCCAUUCAAACACUUGGGCACUUUUCUCAAAAUGGAUCGUCGACCUCUGCGCUCGAGAAAUUAGUGCUGCCAUGGCUCACGACUGGCAUUUUACAACAACCCGUCCAUGCGUUUGCGUCGGGAUGUACGUUUGUCGUCGUGGCCAUCACGUCGUGCGCCGCAGUUGCAGACCAACUUGUACACGAAUUGCAUCCACUUUGUAUUCAUUUGAACGGACUUUGUUUUGCCGAAGGAGGUAUUUCUACCGCCCCUGGUGACGAUUUUUAUCCAACGGCUUGGCGACCCGUCGUCAAAAGUACGCAACAAUACUGGCGUGGCGAUGCUCGAGAUUGCACGCAGCGUCGUCGGCCCUCGUCCUGUCCUCGCCUGUGUUCUUGCGUUUAUUCAAUCCGUCCGCACUGUCGACUGGCGACUGCUCUAUGGGCUCGUGCGAGCGAUCACGGCACUUCUUGAAGCGUACGAGUGCCCAGUGGAGCCAUUCGAUAUUGCAGUAAACAACUGCAAUUGUUUAGUAAAGACCUGAUGGUAUUUCGUGUAGACUAUAGUGACAUUCAUUGCUGCGCAAAAUGGCUUUGACCAUGCCAUGACGCAAGUUACCGAAGUGGCUACGCAAUUCGCAGUCGCCCUCUAUCAAAACCUUGGGCCGGACAAGGCGGAUACGCUCUUGGCAUGUGUACCCGCGUCUCAGCGUGCCACGUAUAAGCAAAUCGUAGUCGACGACGAGUGGCACCACGCUGGUUGACGAGAAGACUAGUACUCGACUAACAGUUAACACCAGAGCUGAGUUGAUUGCCUG